AAAUUUUAAGCUAACUCUAUUGGAUGGUUUUUUUAAUACUAGAGUAGCCAAUGGCCUAUUUUUCCGUGAUGUUGCCUCCAUGGGGUAAUAGACAAGAAGAGAGACGGAGGCAGACGAAGAUGAGAUUGAUGACCAUCCACCACCAAAACAAAUUUAAACAAUUAAUAAUACUAGUUAAUUACUACCAAUAUUUUAACAUAAAUUUGAUAAUCAACUUUUGUAUUAUUCUUAUUCAUUCUUCUUUCUUAGCAAACUAAGCUCCUCUGCUUUUCACAUUUUGAAGUCAAACCUGUAUCAUCAACCUCUUUUCCUACCUCUACCCUUGUUUUCAUUUGUAUGUCAUUUGUUAUCACCCCAUGUAUGAGAAAAAUCGUUAGGACUUUUGAUAAGUUUCAAUGGUUCAAUGAUCGUCAAGAGGAACACGUCGUUUUGAUCCGAAUUAUUAGGUUAAUUCAGAUACUUUCAUCAUCAAAAGCAUAGAAAAACAGCUAGUUUAAAAAAUGGUUCGGUUCUUGGUUUUCAGAAGGCUUAGCCAAAUAGUUGGUGCAAGUCUGAGAACUUGGUUGGCUUGAUUAUGAUUUUGAUAACCCGACAUGGGGCGUUUUCGAUUUAAGAUGAGAUGAUGAUGGAAGAAUUGGUUUAUUGGAUAUUAAGAUGUUUUGUGUUAUUUAUCCUUUGUUUCUUCAAUCUUCUUUCAACAACUACAGCACAAGGUUUCUUGCGCAUAGCAUGCUGUGCAAAAUCAAGUUUUACAGAUAAUAAUAGUCUACAGUGGACACCUGAUGAUCGAUGGUUUACCGACGGAAAAAGUUGCAAGGACUUGAAUCAGGGAAAUGAAAGAGCUCGAAUUUUUGACAUUGAAUCAGGGAAAAGAUGUUAUAGCUUACCGACAAUUAAAGAUCAAGACUAUCUGAUAACGGGUUCAUUCCCUGUUGGUGAAACAGAGGGGGCUCAGUUUGACUCUUCAUUUAGUGUUUCAAUUGAUGUCACACCAUUCGGCCUGGUGAAUUCUUCGGAGGACUUGGUGGUGGAGGGAAUUUUCAGAGCUACUGAUAGCUAUACUGACUUCUGCUUAGUGCAUGAAAAAGGGGAUCCCUACAUAUCGAGUAUCGAACUAAGGCCUUUGAAUGAUUCAGAGUAUCUAAAGGAUAAAUCAUCCGAUAUUCUGAAGCUGGUUAACAGAACUGAUCUAGGAGGCACUGGAGAGACCAGGUACCCAGAAGACAGAUAUGACAGAAUUUGGAAACCCGCAUCAAGUCUUUACUUAACAGCCAACUCCCCUGUUACGAUCCACAACUAUGGUAAUACAACAGUGCCCCUCAAAGUUCUACAAACAGCUGUUACAGAUUUAAAACGAUUGGAGUUCCUGCAAAAUGACAUUGAUGAUGGAGACUACAACUACACUGUGAUUCUCUACUUUCUUGAGCUCAAUGACACUGUUACAAGAAUUGGCCAAAGGAUGUUUGAUAUUUACAUCAACAAUGAGAGGAAAGGGGAGAAUUUUGAUAUAUUGGCAAACGGAUCAAACUAUCGAGAGGCUGUUUUCAAUGUAACAGCUAAUGGGUCUCUGAAUUUGACCUUGGUUAAGGUAUCAAAUGGAUCUGAACUUGGACCCAUUUGCAAUGCCCUUGAGAUCUUGCAGGUGCGCCCAAGGGAUCAACAGACAGAUUACAAUGAUGUGAUUGUGAUAAAGAAGGUAAAAGAGGAGUUGUUAAUGGCUGACCAAGGGAAUGCCUUAUUGGAAGCUUGGUCAGGAGACCCAUGCCUUCCUGAUCCCUGGCAAGGUCUGGCCUGCAACCCCGUCAAUGGUUCCACAGUCAUCACAGAUCUGGAUCUUUCUUCAAGUAAAUUUCAUGGGCCAGUUCCUCCAAGUAUCACAAAUCUGACCCACCUGAAAAUAUUGAACCUGAGCAACAAUGACUUCAGUGGCGAGAUUCCAACAUUCCCAUCAUCCUCCAAUUUGACAUCAGUGGAUAUAAGAAACAAUGAACUUGAGGGAUCUCUACGAGAGUCUCUUAUCUCACUUCCGGACUUGAGUACACUAUACUAUGGAUGCAAUCCUCAACUUGACAAUGACCUUCCAUCUGGCUUGAAUAGCUCAAAACUAACUACUGACUAUGGAGCAUGUCCCCAGAAAUCAAGUGGUCCAACAAAAGGAAUUGUCAUUGGUGCUGCUGCAUGUGGAUCUGCUGUGGUUACUGUUGCUCUUGGAGCCGUUCUUGUUUGCCUUUACAGACAAAAACUAAUGGCUAGGAGAAAAUACAAUGGGAAACGACUCCCCAUGGCAAAGAAUUUGGUGUUCUCCAUACCUAGCACAGAUGAAAUUUUUGUUAGGUCAAUAUCUAUACAGACAUACACUCUAGAAUAUAUUGAGAUUGCCACCCAAAAGUACAAAACCUUGAUUGGUGAAGGUGGCUUUGGAUCUGUGUACCGAGGUACUCUACCUGAUGGCCAGGAAGUUGCAGUGAAGGUCCGAUCAGCUACCUCAACUCAAGGAACUCGGGAAUUCGAGAAUGAGCUAAACCUUCUUUCGGCUAUUCGGCAUGAGAACCUGGUUCCUCUUCUAGGUUAUUGCAGUGAAAAUGACCAACAAAUCCUUGUUUAUCCUUUUAUGUCCAAUGGCUCUCUGCAAGAUAGACUCUACGGGGAAGCAGCAAAACGGAAAAUUUUGGACUGGCCAACCAGGCUUUCCAUUGCUCUUGGUGCCGCUAGAGGUUUGAUGUAUCUUCAUACCUAUGCGGGCGUUAUACACAGGGAUGUAAAAUCAAGCAACAUACUUUUGGACAAUACCAUGUGUGCUAAGGUAGCAGACUUUGGUUUUUCGAAAUAUGCCCCUCAAGAAGGAGACAGCAAUGCUUCCCUUGAAGUAAGAGGCACCGCAGGAUACAUGGAUCCAGAGUAUUAUUCAACCCAGCAUCUAUCUGCAAAAAGUGAUGUCUUCAGUUUUGGUGUGGUUCUACUUGAAAUUAUAAGUGGAAGGGAGCCUUUAAACAUACACAGGCCACGGAAUGAAUGGAGUUUGGUUGAAUGGGCAAAACCUUAUAUAAGGGAGUCAAAGAUUGAUGAAAUUGUCGACCCUAAUAUAAAGGGAGGGUACCAUGCCGAGGCAAUGUGGAGGGUAGUUGAGGCGGCAUUGGCAUGUAUUGAGCCCUUUUCUGCUUAUCGACCAUGUAUGGCUGACAUCGUUCGAGAGCUGGAGGAUGCUUUGAUCAUAGAGAACAAUGCAUCAGAAUACAUGAAGUCCAUAGACAGCAUAUAUAGUUUGGGAGGGUCCAAUCGCUUCUCAAUAGUUAUGGAAAAAAAGACAGUUUUACCACCUAUCCCAACUGCAUCAGAACCCUCACCAAUUAACACACAAGCAUUGGCUCCUCCAGAGCCAAGAUAAAAGAUGGGUGGAUGUGAUGUUUAUCAAGAUAAAAAUGACAAUCGGCUAACAGGAAUGAUUAUUCCAUGCUUUUUCAAUGUAAGACUAUGCACUUUCAUCUAUUCCAUUUAUUUUGAAGUUUAAGUAUUUACUAUUGCAGCAGACCUUUAAUGUUGCAUUAAUACACAUUCCCCGCUUCCUCCCCUCCCUUCCUCACUUUGCCUGGGUAAUUAGCCAAGUUGUUGCAUCUUCUUUUAUUAACCACUCCCACUAUGUAGUUAGGCGAAAGAUGCAACACCAAUCUAGACAGUUCAGAUGAUUUAAGCUAUAAUUAUCUGAUCGAUGAUUUUAGUGUUACUAAGUUAUAUACUUACACCACCAUAUUUAAACUUUUUAACUGUUAAGCAACUGAUGACUUACCAUGCUUAAGAAUAGACAUCUUGCAAUAUGAAUCCUCAGUCAAGACUGAGAACUCAACUACAGGGGAUAUUAAAGCAAUUGCCCUUAAAAUGUUUAUAUUGACAUUAUUUAACAUACAAGAAACCUUUUGAACAUCUAACAGUUCAUAUUGGAAAUGGGAUAACCAUUACAAAGAUGGAUGAACUGAUGACUAAGAGAGCCAAAAGCAGCCAUUUUAGUUAUCUAUUCAAUAUCCUUGACCUUGAGCAGACUAACAAAGCAGAAAGAGUCCUACAUGAAGCGAAAUGGGUUACAUGAAGUGAAAUGGCUCUUAAUUUCAGGUGGAAGUGACUAUUUUAACACAACCAUGGAGCUAACUAAAAACUUGUUUUUCUUUUUAUUAAAAAGAAAAGAAAGAAAGCCUCUUUCCUUUCCCUUGAUAACAUUCAAAUCUACGAUCCACUCCAACCCACAAAUUUGUUUUCUUCUAGUUAAGGAGAUAAACAACCUCAUUUCAGCAUCAGCAAUAACUUUAUUUUUGCCAUUGUCCAUCAAGGCAGGAGUCGCAAUUUUCAGCGGCCAAGCACUUCAGCAUCCUUCUCAAAGAUGUCAAGUUCCAAUCUUUAUAUCUAUGUUUUGAUUGUUAAAAAGGAAACGAAGAUUUGAACUUUUAGACGUCGUUUUUGGAGGUAACAU